AGUAUAUAAGGCGUAUGAACUGUUCUCGAAGCAUAUUCAACAAACAUUCGUCCUCAACAAUGGCCGCUAAGACCGUAAUUGUGUUGUGCCUCCAGGCACUCUUCAUUCAGUCGUUGCUUGGAAACCCAACCCUCAACAGAAGACUGCCGUCAGCCAUCUCUGGUAUAAGCGGUGCUACGGUGGUCGAAAACACCGUCGCUGUUAGUAACAAUGCAAUUGGCGGUAUAGGCUUGGCCAACAAUGGUCUAAUUGGUACCGGACUCGGCUUGGCCAACACUGGUUUGAUCGGCUCUGGAAUUGGCUUGGCUAACACUGGAUUGAUCGGGACUGGAGUCGGUUUGGCUGGCGUUGGAUUGGCCAACCCUGCCUUAAUCGGUAAUGCCAUACUGCCUGCUCCUGCCACUGGAUUCCUCGACUUUGCCACAAUUGCCAAAAGAGACAACCUCCCCAUCUUCAGCUUCUCUCCCCUCGCUCCGACUGGUCUCACUGUUGUGUCGGAGAACAUCAUCGAAGGACCUAUGGCAGUCGCUGGACAGCUGCCGUUCCUGAGCGCUGUAGCGUUCGAAGGUGCUUUGCCGACUGCAGGUGCGGGCGCUGCUGGCUGCGGCUGCGGCAACAAUGGUUACAUUGGCAUCAUCAACGAGAAUUAUGGACCCCUUGCGCCUCCCGCUCUGGGUGGACUCGGCUAUGGCCCAGGAUUAGGCUAUGGUGUUGCGCCAUUACUGUAA